CCUGCUCUCGUUCAAUGUGUUUUUUUCUACAAGUGAAUGCCAUGACUGUCCACAUUCUAACGCCUCCGAACCACACAAAUACUCACCCUGAACUUUUGAAUGGACAGGCAAUGCAUUUCUUAGCAUGCCAAGCCGUAAAAACAUGAAAUGCAUAUACUCUCCUGUCCUGCCUGCUCCACUCCCAGCCCUCCCUUCACUUUCUUACCUUUUAGAACCUCAAGCGUGACCAAAUUAUCAAAACAAAGAAACGGUAGAAUAGCAGAAGGCGAUCGAUAUGAAGUAAGGAAAAGUUUUUUAUUACUGCUAUCUCCUGUUUUCAGUCUUGACUUGAAAAAAGACUUUGUCAUAUCGUCAUCAAUCGUUGCGGAGGAAGGAUAUAUAUACUGCUGGCUCCUUUCCACAUCCUUCCGACCGCACUAA